CCGCCUCCAGCAGGGAAGUAAAAGGCAGCACUUCCUGCUUUGACGCCGUACUCGCACCUUCACUCACUUAAGUGUCAGUUCUUCAAGGCCGACAAAGUCCUUCCACCUCAGUUCCCACUUCGGACUCCUUCUGGACGCUUCUAGCGGGCAGGAAAUGCCGGAGUGAGCUUUUUUUUUUUUUCGCCCGACAAUGGCUGGCGUCACUUUUUGGAAGCACGGCGUGUGAAAACUUCCGCGGAGGUACUUUUUUUUUUUUUUAAAGAUUAAUUUAAGAAGUAAACGAGGAGGACGAGAAGAUGAAAAAACAGUUCAACCGCAUGAGGCAACUUGCCAACCAAACCGUCGGAAGGGCUGAGAAGACCGAGGUGCUGAGUGAUGACCUCCUCCAGAUCGAGAGGCGCAUGGAGCUGGUGCGCUUGAUGUCGCACAACACGCACAAGAAGCUGGCGUCCUGUCUGCAGGGUCAGCCGGGCAUCGACACGGAGAAACGAAAUAAAAAGCUGCCAUUGAACGCACUCUCCCAAGCAAUGCAAGAGGGCGGCACACAGUUGGGCUACGAGAGUCUGAUUGGCAAGAUGAUGGACGUGUGCGGCGAGGCAGAAGCCAAGUUAGCCACCGAACUGCUGGUGCAUGAACUGCAGAUCGAGAGAGAGAUCCUGGAUCCUCUGAACCAGCUAGCUGAGGUGGAGAUCCCUAACAUAUUAAAACAGAGGAAGCAACUCGCCAAACUGGUCUUGGACUAUGACUCUGCCAAGACAAGGUGGUACCAAGCUACCAAGUCCAACAACCAGACCAUGGCCACUAAGGUCGACUCCCUCAAGGACGAGAUGGACGAGGCCCUCAACAAAGUAGAAAUUUGCAAAGACCAGCUAUCGGCGGACAUGUAUAACUUUGCAUCCAAAGAAGGAGAAUAUGUGCGCUAUUAUCCCAUGUUAUUAGAGGCCCAGGCAGACUAUCAUAGAAGGUCUCUGGCAGUGCUGGAAGACGUGAUACCGACUAUACAAUUACAGAAAGAUUCCUGGACGGAGAAGCCGGCAUUUGGCACAGCGCUAGAGGAGCACUUGAAGCGGAGUAACCGAGACGUGGCUCUGCCUAUCGAGGCCUGCGUUAUGAUGCUGCUGGAAACAGGGAUGAAGGAAGAGGGUCUGUUCAGAAUAGCAGCCGGAGCAUCAAAACUAAAGAAGCUAAAAGCCGCCCUGGACUGUUCAACUUCCCAGCUUGAAGAGUUCUACUCCGACCCACACGCCGUCGCCGGAGCCCUCAAGUCUUACCUCAGAGAACUUCCCGAACCUCUCAUGACUUUUGGCCUUUAUGACGAGUGGACGCAGGCAUCCAAUGUGUCAGACCCUGACAAGAGACUUCAGGCUUUGUGGGUGACUUGUGACCGUUUGCCAAAGACUCACAAAGCCAACUUCAGGUACCUGGUGAAGUUUCUGGCCAAACUGGCUCAAGACAGUGAUGCCAACAAGAUGACUCCCAGCAACAUCGCCAUCGUCCUGGGGCCCAACCUGCUGUGGGCCAAGACCGAAGGGACAUUGGCGGAAAUAGCUGCUGCUACAUCGGUCCACGCAGUCGCCAUCAUCGAGCCCAUUAUCCAGCACGCCGAUUGGUUCUUUCCUGAAGAGGUGGACUUCAAUGUGUCGGGCAUGUUCGCCAUGCCCACCCACCCGUCGACGCCAGACUCCGAGAGGAAACGCCCCGGCAGCGUGUUGGGGCAGGACGGGGACAACGCUGCUCACCCCUCCCGUAAAGAAAGUACUGUUAACAAACAUCCGGAGUCCAGCCCUCGUAGAACCGGCACCACUAUUAGAAAGCAGCCACAGCAAACCUCGCCCACCUUCCCGCCGGAACUCGCCUCAUUUGAGCCCCAACUCCGAGCGGCGACCCCGGAGGUCGAGCAGCCGGGCUCGGACAGUUUUGGUUCAGGUGCUGCUUCCGGGCUCCAGGUAGCCAGCGUGCAACCUCAUUGCGUCACCCAGCUCAGCACAGGGGAGAGCAGCCCAGCCCGUGAACACGCGUCCACGCCCCCUCCACAGAGGAAUGGUUCCGCCCAGCUUGCAGCCGGGACCCCUCACACCCAGGGGGGCUCCAGGGGGGCAAGUCCUCACAUGAGCCGCAGAGGAACCAAAAAACAGGCGCCAGCUCCACCCAAACAAAGCAGUCCCUUCGCAUCUCAGUCCAGCAACCCCCCCCCAGGGUCCCCGCACCACCCGCCCGUCACCCCUCGACGGCAGGCUGGCAAAGAGAGCCCCAUCCACGCCCCGAGCCAUCCUCCCCCGCAGCCGCCUCAACCCCAACAGGCUGAGCGGGAGCCCUCGCCGCCUCGGACACCAACCCCCCCCAGCACGCCGCCUCACGACGGAUGCCCCUCCCACCCGCUGUACACUUACAGUACCGGAUCUCUCCCUCGACCCUCUCGGCCGGCGCCCAAACCACGACCCCGGCCUAACAUGCCGCCGCCCCCACAACCUGUGGUAAGCGAUGGUGGCAUCUUUGGCUCCGCCUCCAGGUUCAUCACAGAUGUCUGAGGUGGCGGCCUGCCUGUUAAGACGGGCUUUGCAAGGCAGGCGAUGACAGCGGCCUGGUCAUAAAGGGCAUUGGAAGAGCCUGGAACCCAGAGGUGCUGGAGGGCCAACAAGAUGGUUCCCCUGCUCACAACCCAAAAAAGGCCAACCCCUGACCCCAAUAAGACCUGCCUGCGAGCGUCCAUUGAGGUCAGGAUAUCAAGACUUCAUGUUGGCUACUUAAAAAACAAAAAAAAAAAGGUUCCAGAGGACGUUUUUGUAGAUUGAAUAAGGCUUUGUUGGCAAUCUAACAGGUUUGAUAGUGUUUUUGAAUUAUUAUUCAUUUAUUUAAAAGUGGCUGUUUUGCAGCAUUUAUAAGGAUGUCUAGAGGGCCCCAAUUUCCCAGUUUUGUUAGCAUUAUACCUCGACCUCCUGAGCCUUUUAUCACGUGUCACUCCCCUACAUAUACAUAUAUAUAUAUAUAUAUAUAUAUA